AUUAAUCAGGCCUUGGACGAGGAAGACACGGCUGAAAACUUGGUCAAGCUGCUGAAAAAUCCUUCCGCGCAGCUCAACAAAGUGAAUCCCGGCGCCGGCGAACACUAUCGCGAUACCUUGAUUGCUGCCAAGGUGUACCACUCAAAACUGGCUCAAGAAGCCGGCCAACUCGAAUCAAAUCAAAAUCUCACCCUCGCACAAGUCCAGGAUGCUGUCGAUGAUGCCAACGCUGAAGUCGAAACAGAGCGCAAGGUUGCCAAGUUGCUGGAAAGCAUCGACACGGCUCUGACAACGGGCGGGCCAGCGGAGUUGCUCCCUUUGCUUCAAAGUGACCUGUUGGCGCUUCAGGACGUGGAUGCAGCCGGCGUCGAGGAAUACCAUUCGACGCUGCAGGAAGCCCGCAACAAAAAGGGCGAAGCGGAGGCCGGUCCUUGCGCUUGGAAGUCAUCUCAGACAGAGGAUGGCAAGACGUACUACUACAACAAGGACACACGUGAAACAAGCUGGACGCCCCCGGACGAUUUAAGCAAGCAUCACUUGACUCUCGAGGAGGUGCAGGACCAAAUUGCCACGGCUAAUGCCGAGGAGGCGCGUUGGCAGCAGUUUGUUGCGGCAGAACCCGCCAUUGUGCAGCUGCAGUCGGCCGUUCGCGGCAUGCUGGCGCGUCGAGCGUUUGAGGAUCGCUUGGCCUAUCUAAACGAUCAAGAGGCGUCCGUCGUCAAGCUGCAAGCCGCAUUGCGUGGCAAGCGACAGCGUGAUGCCUACCUUGAUCGUCUCAAGUACCUCAACUCCCAAGUAGCAGCAGUGGUCAAAAUUCAAGCCGCAUUCCGCGGUCGCCGCGAGCGUAAGCAGUACGAGAAUUUGACGCAAGUGGACGAUCCUCCAGUGACUACCGUGCGCCGCUUCUUGCAUCUACUGGAUCAAAGCGAGACAGACUUUCAAGAAGAGCUCAAUCUGCAGCAACUCAAGCAGCGCGUUGUGCGCGCCAUCCAGGUGAACACUGAACUCGACCACAAUCUCAAUCAGAUGGACAUCAAAAUCGGUCUCUUGGUCAAGAACCGAAUUUCCCUCCAAGACGUUGAAAAACAGAACCGCCAACUCAAGCGCGCCCGGCGCCGUGGCUCUGCUAAAGACUUGGAUGCGGUUGUGGCACACAACUCUGGGGGCCUGAAGGCGCUGACCAAGGACUCGCGUCGCAAGCUUGAACACUACCAAAAUUUGUUUUACCUCUUGCAAACGCAACCCGAGUACCUGGCUCGUUUGGUCUUUAUUGACAAGCCUCGCGCCAAGUGGUCGCAAUUGCGAGCGUCCAACUUUCUCGAAACUCUGAUUGAGCUUGUGUACAAUUACGCUUCAAACGCGCGAGAACAGUUCCUUCUGGUGCAGCUCUACCGCAAGGCUCUCAAGUUGGAGGUUGAGGAAAAGGUGACACAGAUCAAGGACAUCAUCACCGGCAAUCCACUCUUCAUCAAGCUCGUGGUCAAGCAUUAUCGUGAUCAGGCGGGUGAGGAGUAUGUGCGCAAGAUUCUCAACUGCUUCAUGGGCGACGUUUUGGGAAGCGGCAAGCAAGAGGCCUUGGAUUUGGAAACAGAUCCUUUGGUUAUUUACCGUCGCUGGCUUACGCGCAUCGAGACUGAGACGGGCCGCCCCGCUGACCUGCCUUACGAUGUGACGACGGAGGAUGCUCUCAAGCAUGACGAGGUUAAAAACGAUCUCGACCGUGCAGUUCGCAAUGUUGUCGCGUUGGGCUCCAAGAUUCGAGACGCCUUUGUCGACCACCUGGGGGAUAUGCCAUAUGGGUUGCGCUAUGUGUGCCGUGCUUUGAAGGAGGAUUUGGAAGCCAAGUUUCCUGAUGCCUCACCAGAUGAGGUGGCCAAGGCAUUGGGCACGGUCAUCUACUACCGUUACUUCAACCCCGUGAUGGUGUCCCCCGAACGCUAUCUGACCUCUGACAACAACAUGCCGAUCGUCGUCGAGGACAUGCAGCGUCACAGUCUAGCACUCCUGAGUCGCAUCCUACAAGCAGCUGCGGCCGGCCAAACUGGCGAGGGCCUACACGCGGGCAUCCAGCAGUUUGUGCAAGAGAGCUGGGUCAUCUUUAACAACUUUUUUAUCGACGUGACUCGCGUUGAGACGCCCGAGCAGCACUUUAACAUGGACGAGUACAGUGAUGCCACGCUGCUGACCAAGCCCCAAAUUUCUCUCUCCCCUGCGGACAUUUUUUACACUCAUGAGAUGCUAGACCAGAACAUUGAUCGUGUCUGCUCAGGACAAGAGGACCACUUGCACGCCAUCUUGGCCGAACUGGGCUCGCCCGGCGAGGAGGAAGAGGUCUUGGGCCAGGAGGACACGCCAGAUCGUGCAGCCAGCAACGUUCCCAUGCUGCUGACUCUGAACAACAAGUUUGAGGUGCCUUUGGACGAUGACGCCAACGUUCGCGCGCUGUACAUCCGAACCAAGCGCAUGGUCGUGGAUGUCAUCCGCUUCCAGCCCGGCAAGAACUUGAUGCAAAUCCUCACUACGCCCGCCACCGAUGGCAUGGAAAAGGCCCACAAGGAUUUUGUAGACGAUCAGAAGAAACAAAUGCAAGAGGUGUGUGCCUGUGCCUGUGUCUGUGUCUGUCUCAUGACCCUUGCUGAGACGAAAGCCAAAAUUUUGUCCAACGCUGCGGCCUUGGAGACGGAGGGUCUCUGCUCGCAAGAAGAUGGGUAUCAAGGACUACUCAACGCCGUAGCUCAGGAUAUUCGUCAUCAACGCAUUCAUCGCAAACGCCGCAAGGCUGAGCUGAAGCGUUUGAAUCGUACCUUGGACAACCUGCAAGCCAAACACAAGUUCUACGAGGAGCAGGUCGAACAGUGGGACCAAUAUGUCAAGAAUGCCGUUGCUCACAUGGGGCAAGGUACCCAGACAAAGUCAGUUAGGCGCCCCUCGCCCCACGAGAGCUCUGGCCAGUUCCUGGGCACGGUCAAGUACACCGCUGCGAAGCUCAAGGAGCGCGGCGUGCUUCUCAACGUCAAAGACAUUAGUGAGACGCAGCUCAAAUUUGUCAAGAUUGAGGUUUCCAGCGACGAGGCCGGUAUCUUCAUUGUGCGGGCAUCAUUUUUGGGCCAGAACCCGUUUGAGCCAGAGCGCAUUGAGCUGUCUGACCUGCUGCAGCGCCAAUAUGAAGGCAUGUCGACGAUGAAGCUUUUCGACGACAUGUGCACGGUGAACAUCAACUUGCUGCUCUUCCUGAUCAACAAGAAGUUUUACAAUCAGUAA